AUGUCUGGAGAUAAAGAGGACUCGGUUCAGAGAGCCAAGCUGGCCGAGCAGGCCGAACGGUACGACGACAUGGCUAGCUCAAUGAAAUCUGUUACCGAAACUGGCGUGGAACUAUCUAAUGAAGAGCGCAAUCUGCUUUCGGUAGCCUACAAAAAUGUUGUAGGGGCUCGGCGGUCAUCGUGGCGAGUAAUCUCUUCAAUCGAGCAAAAAACAGAAGGUUCUGAGAAGAAACAACAAAUGGCAAGAGAGUAUCGAGAGAAGGUUGAAAAGGAACUUAGGGACAUCUGCUACGACGUAUUGAACCUUUUGGAUAAAUACCUAAUCCCCAAAGCAAGUAAUGCUGAAAGCAAAGUCUUCUACCUUAAAAUGAAGGGUGAUUAUUAUAGGUACCUGGCUGAAGUAGCUACUGGAGAAACUAGAAAUGCUGUGGUUGAUGAUUCUCAACUAGCAUACCAGGAUGCAUUCGAAAUCAGUAAAGCAAAAAUGCAACCUACACAUCCAAUCCGAUUGGGUCUGGCGUUAAAUUUCUCCGUAUUUUUCUACGAGAUACUAAACUCACCAGAUAAAGCUUGCCAACUAGCGAAACAGGCUUUUGAUGAUGCUAUUGCUGAGCUGGAUACAUUAAACGAGGACAGCUACAAGGACUCAACGCUCAUCAUGCAAUUGUUACGUGACAACUUGACUUUAUGGACGUCUGAUACGCAAGACAACGAUGAGCCCCAGGAAGCCACUGGAGACAACUAA